CGAAUAUCCCUCUCUCUCUCUCCUUCUCUCUCUAACUCUUUAUUCUGAAAGGCACAUCAACAUACAACACUGCAUUCACAAUUCAUAUUUUUACAAGUUCCAUUUUAAAAAAAUAUAUAAAAAUAAAAAAAAAGAGUGAAAAAAGUGGAAGAACAUCAUGUUGAGGGUUGCAGCUAAGAGGCUUUCUUCUCUCUCUUCAUCUCCUUUGAGGGCCAAUCACGCCGUUUCCGUUUACCUCUCUCGGAACCCCGUCGAUGACCACCGAUCCGUUCCUUCCUCCGAUCCUAACCCCUUUUCUCAUUUCCUUCUUCCCUUCCGAGGUUUUGCUACUGAAUCACUGAUUCACCCAAAGGAAAACAGCAUUAUUCCUGAGAUUCCAGCAACUGUCGCUGCUGUUAAGAACCCUACUUCUAAGAUUGUUUAUGAUGAGCACAACCAUGAAAGAUUUCCACCAGGUGACCCAAGCAAGAAGGCAUUUGCCUACUUUGUCCUAACAGGUGGUAGGUUUGUCUAUGCUUCUCUGGUACGUCUCCUUAUACUCAAGUUUGUGCUCAGCAUGUCUGCCAGUAAGGAUGUUCUUGCUAUGGCCUCGCUCGAGGUUGAUCUCUCCAGCAUCGAGCCCGGCUCUACGGUGACUGUGAAGUGGCGUGGAAAGCCGGUGUUCAUCAGGCGCCGAACAGAGGAUGAUAUUAAUCUGGCAAACAGUGUUGAUGUUGGAUCUCUUCGUGAUCCCCAGCAGGACUCAGAUAGAGUCAAGGACCCAGAAUGGCUCAUUGUGAUUGGGGUUUGCACACAUUUAGGUUGCAUUCCAUUGCCAAAUGCUGGUGACUUUGGUGGAUGGUUUUGCCCAUGCCAUGGAUCACAUUAUGAUAUUUCUGGCAGAAUUAGGAAGGGACCAGCACCAUACAAUCUUGAGGUUCCCACUUACACCUUCAUGGAAGAUAACAAGUUGAUGAUUGGUUGAAAAUGAUGGUCCUGCACCCUUGUGGAACAAGUUUACAAUUUUUUUUCUUUUAAUUUAUUGGAUAAUGAUGAAAUGUGCCUUUUAAAACUAUUUUACUUUGUGUGUCCCUUAUCCGUAAUGUUUAGCAAGUGGUUUAUGUAGCUCGGAAAUUGUAACUGUUACUGUUUGGCGAGACUUAUAUCAAUAAUCGCCUGGCUCUUGCUUAGUAUAUAGCUGUCGACUUAAGGAAUGUUGAAUUUGCAUCAUGCAUAUCAUUUUGACAUUUGCUUAGCCAUUAAGUAUGCCAAAGCUGCCAUAACAUGCUUCCCUC